AUGAAGUCGCUAAUCUUCUGUCUUCUUAUUGUAGCUACUACAACUUGUUUUGAGAUCCCAGUAAAACGUGUGGUAAAGAGUAAGGAAGCUGCAGUUAAUGGUGUACCUCUUGACAAGGAAACGGGAUCGUUCGUUGGAGUAGUUUCAUUAGGAACGCCAGGCCAAGACUUUAACCUUGCCUUUAGUACGAACACUUCAGCUUUGUGGGUACCAAAUACCAGCUGUUCUUGUGGAGAGAAGUGCAAAAAUGGUAAGUUUUGUACUUGGUUCAUUUAGUUACUUAGACAUUAUUAUUUUGAGUACUACCUAUCAUAAUAUAAAAAAUAGCAUAGCAAAGUAAAAAAUGUCAUUAAAACAUAACCAUUUUAGCCCGACUAUGUCCUCAGCUAUGCGAAGCUCACUGUUGUUCCAAGUCAGCCUUGAGCAAUUCUUCAGGAAGCUGUUCCAAUAAGAAUACUUUCAAUGUCGAAGAAUCAAGAUCAUUUAUUGCAGGUUCGUAUUCAAGCUGCUCACAUUUCAGCUUUUUCGUUGAAACAUACUAUAACUAAUUUUUAAGAAAGAUUAGCAAAUUUUAAUUUUUAUAAGUUAUAUUGUAUUUCAGUUGAUGAAACAGCCAAUAUCCCCUUCCUUGACAGUAACUUAACAGCCCAACUUGGCUACGACACCUUACGAAUGGGACCACACUACCGCCCCGGCCUCACCGCCAACAACAUUCAAUUCGGAGUUGUCAACGAAUUCGAAGGCCAAUACCAAGAUGUAACAUACGAUGGAAUCUUCGGCCUUGGUCUAGAAUCAGUGGAAGGAGUGUCAUCUCCAAUCAAACAACUAUAUUCUACUGGAGUCAUCCCGAGCCCCUUACUGAGUGCUUUCUUCGUAGCUAGGACAGAAAACAAUGUUGUGGAUGGAGUUUUAACAUUGGGACAGGAAGAUACUACAAGAUGCAAAAAGAGUAACCAUUUCUUCAAUGUGGAAGACAACUGGGUAUUUAUUCCCUGUACCUGCUUUUAACUUUACGUCGAGUUACGGUUACAUUAAUCAAUCGCACAAGGUAAUAUACAAAACAUAUCAUUAGCAAACUGGAAAAAGUUACUAUUAGCAAGGCAUAUACAUAUUAUACUUAUAAACUAACCUCAAAAAGUAAAAAACUGACAAAAUACUAUCAACUACUAACUAAACCAUUUAAGGGUACCAUUGACCUCUCAUCCGACUACAUCUACGUCCCUCGCGAAGUCUUACAAGUCGUAGCCAGCUUCUUCGACUCAAAGAUCGAUAUCAUUACUGGACGUGUAGCUGUCAAUUGCAAUCGCAAUACCUAUCUCUACUUUACUGUUGGUGGCACUUAUUCCCGCGUUUUUUCAAACCAGAUAAUGGAACCAUACAGCGGUGCUCAAUGUCUCCUGAAACUGAAAGUUUCGCCUGUAGACGCUCCAGUUCAAUAUAAAUUCGGACUACCUUUGUUCACGAACAACUGUCUAGUCCUCGACUUUAACGGUAAAAUGGCCGUCCCAGAAAAAAAUGAUUAA